ACCCCUUCUCUUCCACAAACAAAACCUUCAACUGCCAACAACACAACCAAAACAAAACAAAACAAUGCAAUUCACAACUCCCCUCUUCCUCCUCCUCUCCACGUUGACCCUCCUGCCCGCCCCAGCCGCGGCAUUCACCUGCGCGGUGGGCCAGCAAGGGUCCUGCUCGUACACGACGGGCCGGUGCGCGGUGAAGUGCUCGUACUGGGCGUUCGUCAACAACUGCGUGUGUCCGGAUAAGCAUAGGGGGUACAAGUACACGGGGGGGCAUCAGUGUAUCUCGAAGCAGAUGUAUGAUGGGAGGCAUAAGUGGGGUUCGAUUGGUCGAGAUGCCUUUUGUUGGUCCUGGAAAUGUUGGCUUUUGGGGGUUGUAUUGGAAGUCGGACAUUGGGAAUUGGGAAUUGGGAAUUGGGAAUUGGGAAUUGGGAAUUGGGAAUUGAGAGUUGGGAGUUGGGAGUUGGGAGUGGCGACGUUGGGAAGUUGGGAACCAGGCACUGAAGGUGAAUCCUACGAUUGGUAA